AUGGUCAUUGCCAUGUAUGGUUUCCACUUCAUUUAUGCUGAGGCUGCAGUGCUCAAGGAGUACCCAAACAAGAUACUUAGGACAUUAUCGCAAUGCAUUUUCAGCACGGUGCAGUCUUUCAUUGUCGCAGUGGUGGCCGAGAGGGACUUCUCCAAGUGGAAGCUACGGAUUUAUAGUGAAUGGGGUGUCCUUUUACUUACAAGCACGGUCUUCCUCACCGUCUGGACUCCACUUUGCCUUAUAUUCACAAUAUUCUGCUCCUCCAUCCUAGGAGAAAUUGUUCACCUCGGCAGUAUUGUUGGUGGUAUGCUACUAGUUGCAGCCCUUUACAGCGUGCUAUGGGGUAAAAACAAGAAAAAUAAUAAGACUUUGCCGUGCAACAAGGUGAAUUCAACGGACAUCGGUAUGCAAGAUGAGCAGGAGCAUGAACAAAUGGAAGAGGAUAACAAGGGCAGGGAAGAGCAGAAGGAAGCAACAUCAGCAAUUCAGCAUUCAUGGUUGAGCAAGUCUGACUGA